AUGUUCGGGCAGUUCGGGCUGCUGGGUGUAGCCGCCGAUGUCGUAUUCGGAGUCCUCGAUGCGGCACACACGAUUCAGCAGCAGCUCAACGUUGGUUUUCAACCGCAACCCCAACCGUGGCAGUUCGGAGUGGGUCAACUCAAUGGGCCGAACAACAUGCCAAUCAAUGGGCCGAACGAAGGAGUUCUGGGAGCAAACGUCGAACUCGUUGACGCCGGCGUGCACCUCCGAAGACGACGCUCCUUACGUCUGAGGCGAGGCGUCGGCGAACAGAUACCGCCCAGCGGAGAUGCAAAGAGAGUUGUCUUCGUGAGAUACCCAACCGGCGGAGGGAAUGGAGUGUCGACCACGGCCUGGAACAGCCAGCUACGCGCUCCAGACUGGAGAGAAGUUCACUUGCCGCCUUUCCAGAAGGACGUCUACCAGGAACACAUAACGGCGGCUAACAGACCGAUGGAAGAAGUGGACGCGUACCGAAAGGCCAACGGUAUCACCGUCACGGGUCGCGACGUUCCGAAACCCAUCCUCUAUAUCGACGAAAGUGGCAUCCCCGAACGCGUCGCGAAGGUCAUCGAGGCACGUAACCCAAGAUCAACGCCCAGCCCGGUGCAAGCGCAGUGCUGGCCCGUAGCACUCAGCGGUAGAGACCUCGUCGCUGUCAUCAACGACGGGUCAAGAGGCGAGCCUCUCGCUUACCUCGUCCCGGCCAUCAUGCACAUACUGCUCCAACCAACCGCGUCUCGGGACCGUGGACCUUUAGUGCUGUUGCUUACAGCGACACGGGAAGAGGCCAUACAGGUCCGGGCGGUUGCCGACGAGCUUACCGAGGGGUUGGACAUUCGGGCGAUGUAUCUCCUGCCCGGAGAACCUCGGGAACUCCAGCUCAAGCAGAUCGAGGAAGGUGCCCAAAUAUGCGUCGCCACGCCGGGCCGCCUCGUCUCUUUCAUGGAGGAGUGUAGGAUAAACCUCAGCCACUGCUCUUACCUGGUUCUGGACGAAGCGGACCGCAUGAUAUCGAUGGGCUUCGAGAAGCAGCUUCGCGUUAUUGCGGAUUACGCCCGUCCCGACCGCCAGACGCUGGUGUGGCUAACCUCCCGCACGAUGGACGCGAACCGACUGAUAGACGACCUGACUAGUGACUACGUAAACGUCAGCGUCGGGGCGGUUGCCCGCGAAGACCAGAAGGCGCAGCACAUCGUCUACGUUUGCGAGGCACUCGAGAAGGAGGAGAAACUAGUAACCGUCCUCAACGACGUCCUCCGCGAAAAAGACGACAAGGCCAUCGUGUUCACGGAGAGGAAGCGAACGGUGGAGGACAUAGUGUCCAAACUGCGCCUCCGCUGUUGGGCCUGCGUAGCCUUCCACGGCAAGAAGACUAAGCAGGAACGACACUGGGCGCUGAACUCCGUGCGAUUAGGCGACGCUCCCAUAUUAGUGUCAACCGACGCGGCAGCCGGCUCCGUAUCAUUGGACAAUGUGCGUUUAGUCGUGAGCUACGACUGCCCAAUCGACUCGGGUGACUACUCGCGCCGUUUGAAGUACGUCGCUCGGCCCGAUGGAACAGGUGUAAUGUGCACAUUCUUAGAGCCCGACGAAACUGCGCACGCCAAGGAGCUGAUCUCGUUUCUUCGAGACGCCAAGCAGGUCGUACCGCCGCAUCUGAGUAAUGUGGCGAAGAAAGUACAACGAAGGUAG